AUGGCAAGUAACGCGAGCACAUCUGUUUGGGAAGAAUUUAUAAACACAAAAGUAAUAAACAUUCUAGAUACCCUGAUCAGCUGCUACCUUCUCCUAUUUACCACAGUGGUUGGCAUUGUCGGAAACAGUGUGACAUUAAUUGUUCUGUGUCGAAUCGGAUUUAAAGACGCUAGUAACAUUAUAUUACUUUCUUUGGCUGGUGUCGAUCUCUUCUUCUUGAUACAACUCUUUAUUCGAAAACUAUCUUAUGUAAUAGAGAUAUUUGAUUCAUUCUAUGCAGAAAUUUAUAGAUCAUACACCGUGUGUUACUUGUAUGUUUUUGAUCUAGCUCCUGUGCUUAUUUCUAUUAGCCACAUUGUUGUCAUAUCAACAGAACGAUUACUGGCUGUGUUCUUUCCACUUAGAGUUUGUCAGUGGUUUACACGUAAGAGUGUAACUAUGACUUUAAUCAGUGUAUACCUGACUUGGAUUAUUGCAUUGCAGCCGUGGGUUUAUUCACACCGCAGAGUCGAAUGGGGUUACAACGCAAACUAUAAUCGAACAUAUACUUAUCUGGUAUUUACAGAAUGGUACAUUUCGAAUGCAGAAAUAUUAACAUUUUUCGGAUACAUUAUUAUAAAUUCGGUUACUGGAAUGUUUUGCCUGCUUGUUGCAACAAUGUCUUGUGCUAUAGCAUACAGAUUACAUAUUUUGACCAAACGUCGUUCAACAAUGACCUUCAAAACGGUGGUUAAAAACUCUGACUUAGAUUUGAAAGUCUCUCGUAUGUUGCUGGUGGUUUGUGUUGUGUAUUGCUUUUGCAACAUUCCGUCGUUUGUCAUCUACUUUGGGUACUACACAUUUCCUGUAACUGUGAAGCACUUUGAGCUGAAUAAUUUUCUGCGACAUUUGGAAGAAGUGUUCAUGGCAUUAAACUGCACCGCGAAUUUUUUCAUAUAUGUACUUAUGUCGUCUAAAUUCCACGGUACUGUUAUAAGAACUUUUCAUGUGCAGAAAAGCUAA